GAAGAAAGAAAAACCUCUAAAUUUGGAGAAGGUCAGCUAGAUUUGGAGACGUCCCAUAUGGGGUCGUCAUUGAGCUCUUGUUGUGGGGCAGAGAAAGUAGAAGGGUUUGUGCCGACUGGAGCAAGCAGUUCGUGGAGGAUAUUCACAUACAAGGAGUUGUAUCAAGCCACCAAUGGAUUCAGUGAAGAUAACAUGCUUGGAGAAGGAGGAUUUGGGAGUGUGUACUGGGGAAAAACGAAUGAUGGCCUCCAAAUAGCAGUGAAGAAGCUGAAAGCCAUGAAUUCAAAGGCGGAGAUGGAGUUUGCGGUGGAAGUUGAAGUCCUUGGAAGGGUUCGGCACAAGAACCUGCUGGGUCUGAGAGGAUAUUGCGCCGGGACCGAUCAACGGCUGAUUGUAUAUGACUACAUGCCUAAUCUCAGCUUGCUUUCUCAUUUACAUGGCCAGUUCGCCGGCGAAGUCCAGCUAGACUGGAGGAGGAGGAUGAACGUCGCGAUGGGCUCUGCAGAAGGCCUAGUGUACUUGCACCAUGAGGUCACACCCCACAUAAUCCACAGGGACAUAAAGGCCAGCAAUGUGCUCCUGGACUCGAAUUUUGAACCAUUGGUUGCUGAUUUUGGGUUUGCUAAGCUGAUCCCAGAAGGCGUUAGCCACAUGACGACUCGGGUGAAAGGAACACUCGGCUACCUCGCCCCAGAGUACGCCAUGUGGGGCAAAGUCUCUGAGAGCUGCGACGUCUACAGCUUCGGAAUCCUCCUCCUGGAGAUAAUCACCGGUAGAAAACCAAUCGAAAAACUCCCCGGCGGCAUUAAGCGAACCAUAACCGAGUGGGCUGAGCCACUCAUCAUUAAAGGACGGUUCAAAGACCUCGCUGAUCCGAAGCUUCGUGGGAACUUCGAUGAGGACCAGCUCAAACAAGCUAUCAAUGUGGCUGCCUUAUGUGUGCAGGGCGAGCCCGAGAAGCGGCCCACCAUGGAAGAAGUGGUCAAUCUUCUUAAGGGGUCCCAGCCUAGGGUGAUGGAGAUGAGGAUAAAGAGUGUUAGGUAUGGGGAAGACUUAAUGGCCCUUGAUCAGGCCAGCGACGACGAUGAAAAUGCCGGCCUCGAUGAUGAGAGUACGACGUAUGGCGUGUUUGGUGCCAUGGAGGUCCAACGGAUGAAUGAUCCGUAUGUGCAUGGUGAUCGAAGAAUGCGCGUUUGAGAAUUGAUUUGGGUUUUAUGAUUGAUUGUGCACAAUGCUUGAUUUUUUUCUUCUUGCCGCGUUGAACGGUUGUGAUUGAAUCAUCACACCUGUGGCCAUGAUGUUGUGGCGGUUCGAACAUGAAAAUUUGAAGUAAACCACA